AGUAACCACAUACUCUUUGAUGGGCUGGUGAUCUGUUGAACUUACUGUUACAUCCUUGACAGAGACUGAAUCGGACAGUGGAAAUUGCAAAAUAAGCAAGAAUAGUUGCAUCUAAUUGGGAACUGUUGAUUGUCAUGCAUUAACUAUCUCCGUUAUUAUGGACCAUGUUAUUGGCAAUGUUGAGGCCUCCACUACGUUGGUGUACCGGCUCAAUCGACCCGUGUUCAGUGAAGAAUAUAUCGGCUCUCGGCUGCUGCAUAAAAAAGAAAGAUCACACAAGACUGUAAGACAGAAAGUAGCUAAACACUUUCGCUGUUCAUCUGAAAAGGCCAGGUCAGUUAUUUUUGGCCUUCUACCCAUCUUAUCAUGGCUACCAUCUUAUCCAGUAAAGGAGUACCUGUUUGGUGACAUAGUUUCAGGUCUAAGCACAGGAGUCAUGCAGCUGCCUCAAGGCCUUGCCUAUGCAAUGUUGGCAGCUGUUCCUCCAGUGUACGGCCUCUAUUCAUCUUUUUAUCCUGUUCUUCUUUACACUUUCUUUGGCACUUCAAGACAUAUUUCAAUCGGUACUUUUGCUGUAAUAAGCCUAAUGAUUGGCUCCGUCACAGUAAGAGAAGCACCAGAUUCUAUGUUUUUUCUAAAUGGAACAGAGGGAGUGGAUAGUGUGGCCCGUGAUGCAAGAAGAGUGCAAGUGGCUGUGGCUCUCGCAGCUUUAGUGGGACUCAUUCAGCUUCUGCUUGGUCUGCUGCACUUUGGCUUUGUAGCCAUUUAUCUGACUGAACCUUUAGUGCGAGGAUUCACUACAGCCGCUGCAGUUCAUGUUUUUGUCUCACAGCUCAAAUAUCUCCUUGGAGUUAAAACCCUGAGGUUUGGUGGCCCAUUAUCUGUAGUUUAUAGUGUCAUCGAGGUUUUUAAAAACAUCACCAGCACAAACAUUACCGCUUUGGUUGUUGGAUUGGUGUGCAUUGUGUUUCUCUAUGGUGUAAAAGUCCUCAACGAGCGUUUUAAAAAAAGGCUACCCAUACCCAUUCCUGGAGAGAUCAUAGUGGUGAUUGUCUCUACCGGUGUAUCAUAUGGGAUGGCUCUUUUUGACAAAUAUCAAGUUGAAGUUGUGGGACAAAUCCCUACAGGACUGCAACCACCCAACAUUCCAGACUUAAGCAUCUUUCGCAACUUGGUUGUAGAUGCUGUUGCUAUCGCUGUUGUGUGCUUCUCCAUUGGAAUCUCCUUGGCCAAGAUUUUUGCUCUCAAGUAUGGUUACAGUGUGGAUGGAAACCAGGAGCUGAUUGCAUUAGGAUUGUGUAACUUUGUCAGUUCCUUUUUUCACACCUUUGCCGUUACCUGCUCGAUGUCUCGCAGUUUGGUACAGGAGAGCACAGGAGGAAAGACUCAGAUUGCUGGAUUGUUGGCCUCUCUCCUUGUACUUUUGGUAAUUUUGGCCAUAGGGUUUGUAUUUCAGGAUUUGCCACAGACUGUGUUGGCUGCUAUCAUAAUGGUCAAUCUACUGGGCAUGUUCAAGCAACUGAGAGACAUCCCUGCUUUAUGGAGAACCAGCAAAAUUGAACUGGCAAUUUGGGUGGUGGCCUUUGUGGCAUCAGUUCUGCUGGGGCUGGAUUAUGGACUUCUUGUGGCAAUUACAUUUGCUAUUCUUACAGUCAUCUACAGAACACAAAGUCCCAAGGCUGUUAUCCUUGGACAAAUCCCCAACACUGGGUUAUAUUUUGACACUGAUGAAUAUGAAGAGGCCAGUGAGUGUUCUGGUAUUAAGAUCUUCAACUGCAAUUCCUCAAUCUACUUUGCCAACAGUGACCAGUAUGUGAGCACUCUCAAGAAAAAAACAGGUAUUGAUCCAGCUACGCUGCUGGCUGAGAGAAAAGCCCUUCAAAAGCGAGCAAAAAAGAAUGAAGAAAAAAAAGGCUCUGAUCACAGUUCUACAAAGAAGAUGAAUGCAGCUGUCAAAUUGGAUGCGGAGUUUGGUGUCGGCCAUGAAGUGGCUGAAAAGGCCCAGAAGCAUGUGGAAGAGCAAGGAAAUGGGCAGAUCACAGAGGCUGAGUGUGACACUGAUGAAACUAAUUUUCUUCAGCCCCUCUGCCCUAUCCAUUCCAUUAUUUUGGACUUCAGUCCAGUAAACUUCAUGGAUUCAGUAGGAGCCAAGGCUAUUAAAUCUGUUAUUAAGGAGUAUGCAGCUGUAGAUGUGAAAAUUGUUAUUGCUGGGUGUAGCAGAAUCCUGCUGUCUGAGCUCAGUAUUCUACAGUUUUUUACUGGGUCUGUAACACUGGAUAUUAUUUUUCCCACCAUUCAUGAUGCUGUCCAGCACUGCCAGCACACGAGGACACGUCCUCCUUCCUCUACAGCUGUUCAGUGAGCUUUUAGAACACAGCAGCAUAGAAGCUGGUUUAGUGACUAGAAUAUGUAAAACAUGGAAAGAUGGUUGGCUUACUAUAAAAUGUCACAGUGAUGGUUUAGUGGUUGUAGUUUAAUAUGGGGAGGUGUAAAGAAAGAAAUCAUCAACUUAAAGAAAUAUUGUUGCAUACAGCUCUGCAUUUUGCUGAUAUAACAAAGGCUCUGAAUAUGAAAAAACAAAAAAGAUUAUAUAGCAAUCUGCUUUAUGCCUGUCAGGUAUUCAAACUGGCUGGUCAAAGAAAUUUAUUUUACUGCUGUUCCCACUAUAAUUAUAUCUGCUGAAUUGUUAGAAACGUUUUGAAAUAUUCUGAAGGUGGACUUCAUCCACUUGUAUAUGCAGUUCUCACUGAAAAUGAGGAAAAGCAUAAAGUAAAAUGUGCUCUUUCUGGACUGAGCACAGGUUUGGACAGAAGUUUAAACUUAUUUGUAAUAUUGCUGUAUCAGCCUUUAGGGUUUUUCUACUGCUAAACCAAAAUGUUACAGCGCUAAGAUUUACUUAAGAUUCACUGUAGAACUGCAUUGAUUCAUUCUUUCAUACUUGCUUUAGUGAAGUUAUUUGAGUUAGUGGUUUAUUUCAUAAAAAACAAAAGAUCUCCGUAAAGUCUAUGGUGGUGGGCUGUGUGUCUGUAGGGGGCGGGACAAUGCUAGAACCGGGUUUUCUCAUAACUACUGCAAUUAUGGCAUGUGCCUGCUGAUCAGAAAAUGCAUAAACAAUACAAAAAACCCUCAGUUGAUGUUCCAGCUCAUUUCAAAGCUGUUCAGUGGGGCUGAGGUCAGGGCUGGUUGCAGUUUACUGAAGUUUCUUCAAACCAAGCUGUUCUUCAUGUUUUUAUAGACCUUGCUUUGUGCACAGGAACACAGCCCCAGGAAAGGGCAUUUUUUAAACUGUUGCUGCAAAGUAGGAGGAUUAUAGUUUCCUUUAUAUAAUAGAUUUAUGACACCUGUUAGCAACUGUAAUUCACACACUUCUCACAUUUAAGUAGCUGAAGUUUAAGAACAAAACUCUUUCUAAGAAGAUUUUUGGGGUGUUUAAGUAAAAAACUUCUAAAAUCACUGAUGCUCUUUUUAAAGUAAGGUAAUGUCAUGGAUUGAUUGUUGAACUGUCAUAUUGUACAUCUUCUGAGUUUGACUGAUUCAGAGGUUUACAAUUUAAGUAGCCAAACUGUUUUUGUCCUUGUUUUAAAUAAUGAUGCACUAUAAUGCUGAAGUUACUGUUUUCAACAAAAGAAGGAAAAUCUUUAUUUCCUGAAAAUUGUCCGUUACUGAUUAAUUAAUAUUUUCAUAGUUAAUAAUCCCUAAUUAAUAAUUUUACCAGUAUUGUAUAUUGUCAUUGCACAGAGUGCAUGGCUAAUAAUUGAAAAAAGUACUAAUAUAAUAUAAAUAUAUAUAUAUAUAUAAUAUAUUAACAUUAAUAUUGUAUUUUAACUGUUACUAUUCACUGUUUGAGAGGCUCAUUUUGAAAGGUUUAUGGUACAAUUUGCAGAUAAAUAAAUGCUGGAGCCUUAUAAGUAGUUGCCGUGUACUUUGUCAUUUGUGUACUUUUGUGAUUUGAUUAUAGAGAUAUUUUGUAUAAUAAAGUAAAAUGUUUAAAAUGUGUUUUUAUUUAAAAAAAAAAUCUGUGUGUAAUGGGGCAUUGCUUGAAAUGGAUUUAAAUGUCUUGUGUGCAUUGGACUAAAAUGUAUUGUUUUGCAAACAAGCAUAUGUUAACUGAGUACAGACAAUAAAACACUUGAUUUUAAUUCA